GAGACAUAUCAUUACCAUAUGAUCUACUGUGGGUGUCAGCUUGGAUUCUGUUCAUUGAGGGAAACCUUACUUUUUUAACUGUGCUAUGGAAUAGAAGACGCAGGAGGGUUUUCCACCAAGUGACAGACAACUGAGCAGUAAUCUACCCCUCCUCCUUUCCACACCUGCACCUUCUUCUGCCUGGCUUGAAUAUUUCAGUUUAAUUGCAUCUCAGCUCUGAGGGCGCCUUUUGCAAAUCCCUGGAUUAAAAGAUUCACAGCUGUCACCUUGAAUAGAUGAACUAAACCAUGAAGGUAGCCGUUUUCUUCCUUCUACUCCUGCCACUUUGCUUGGCUAAGCCAUUCCACCAAAAAGGCUUGUUUGAUUUUAUGCUUGAAGAUGAAGCAGGUUCUGGAACUACAGAUACUCCAGAUACUUAUCCUCCACUGCAAGGCCCAGUAUGUCCAUUCCGCUGCCAGUGCCACCUUCGAGUUGUGCAGUGCUCUGAUUUAGGUCUGGAUCAAGUUCCAAAGGAUCUCCCCCCAGAUACGACUCUACUGGACCUACAGAACAAUAAAAUCACUGAAAUAAAAGAUGGAGAUUUCAAGAACUUGAAGGAUCUUCAUGCAUUGAUCCUUGUUAACAACAAAAUCAGCAAAAUCAGCCCGGGAGCUUUUGCUCCACUCAAGAAACUGGAGAGACUUUACCUUUCCAAAAACAAUUUGAAGGAACUUCCAGAAAACAUGCCUAAAAGCUUGCAGGAGCUACGAGCACAUGAAAAUGAAAUAAACAAACUAAGGAAAGCCGUCUUCAAUGGACUAAGUAACAUGAUUGUCGUAGAACUGGGUACCAAUCCAUUAAAAAGCUCAGGUGUAGAAAAUGGAUGCUUUCAAGGGAUGAAGAGACUCUCUUACAUCCGUAUUUCAGAUACCAAUAUAACAACUGUCCCUAAAGGUCUUCCCACAUCUCUGACAGAACUUCACCUUGAUGGCAACAAAAUCAACAAAGUUGAUGCAGACAGUCUAAAAGGACUAACCAAUUUGGCUAAGCUUGGUCUCAGUUUCAAUAACAUUGCUAGCCUGGAUAAUGGCUCUCUAGCUAACGUGCCACAUUUGAGAGAAUUACAUUUAGACCACAAUGAGCUUGCCAAAGUACCUCCUGGGCUUGGAGAACACAAAUAUGUACAGGUGGUCUACCUUCACAACAAUAAAAUUGCUGCCGUUGGUCCCAAUGAUUUUUGUCCUCCUGGAUACAACACCAAAAAGGCUUCUUAUUCAGGAGUGAGUCUGUUUAGCAACCCUGUGCAGUACUGGGAAAUCCAGCCAUCCUCCUUCCGCUGUAUCUAUGAACGAUCUGUAAUACAACUUGGAAAUUACAAAUAGAUGCACAAAUGCAUUUCUGCUAGAAAUACCUGUUGCCUGUUAAAAUGUUUGCUAACAUUAAAGCCAAAUACUGGAAACUUA